UGAGUUCUUCUGGGCGCACGUAUGGAUCGUUCAGCGAGAGAAGGGUAUUACUGCCACGUACUGCGGAAUGGAGGGAUACUCUAAAAUCGGUCACAUUGACUCUUCACUCUCUCGUAGCCAGUGACACCUUAACUUGUGCCCUGCGAUGGGCUCAUGGCCGGGGGACUUCAGCCUGGACAGCAGAAUGGGAGCAGCAUGUUUCCUGCUGGUCAGUGGCUUUCUCAGUUUGCAGCUUCCUCCCUCUGGCUGCCAGCAGAGUUCUGGACCAGUGAAUCCAUUCCCUAUGCCAAUACCUGGAGCAGGUCUGGGAGGACAAGGAGGGGAACUGUUGCCACAUUUCCUUUUGGAACCUGAGGAUGUAUUUAUUGUCAAGAAUAAACCAGUCACUCUAAGCUGCAAAGCCACUCCAGCCACACAGAUCUACUUCAAAUGCAAUGGAGAAUGGGUCCACCAAAGUGAUCAUGUCAUUCAACACAGUGCAGACCGCAGUACAGGUUUGCCAGUCAUGGAAGUAAGGAUUGAGAUCUCAAGGCAGCAGGUGGAGAAGAUAUUUGGCCUGGAGGAAUACUGGUGUCAUUGUGUGGCCUGGAGCUCCUCUGGUACCUCAAAAAGUCAGAAGGCAUUUAUCCGCAUUGCAUACCUCAGGAAGAAUUUCGAGAAGGAGCCUGUGUCGAGGGAAGUGUCACUGGACCAGGAGGUGACUUUGUUAUGUCAGCCACCUGAGGGGAUUCCUCCUGCAGAGGUGGAGUGGCUUAAGAAUGAAGAUGUAUUGGAUCCUGAAUUGGACUCCAACCUGUUCAUUGGGACAGACCACAGUUUAAUUAUAAGACAGGCUCGUCUAGCUGACACAGGGAACUACACUUGUGUUGCAAAGAAUGUAGUUGCCAGACGGAGGAGCAACUCAGCGGCCAUUACUGUGUUUGUUAAUGGAGGUUGGUCAUCAUGGACAGAAUGGUCUCCGUGCAGUACAACCUGUGGAAGAGGGUGGCAGAAAAGAAGCCGAACCUGUACCAACCCCACACCUUUGAAUGGAGGAUCAUUUUGUGAGGGUCAGAAUAUCCAGAAAACAGCCUGCACAACCCUAUGCCCUGUGAGCGGAGGAUGGACUGAGUGGAGCUACUGGUCUUCUUGUACAUCAGACUGCACCUACCGGAGAAGUAGAGGUUGUACUCAACCUGCUCCACGCAAUGGAGGGCAGGAAUGCCCAGGACUUGACACAGAGACUCGAAACUGCACCAGUGAACUCUGCAUGCACACUGUGGGCGCUCCCGAGGACGUCGCCCUAUACGUGGGAGUGGUGGCAGUGGCAGUAUUCCUAGUGCUGCUGCUAGCCGUUAUAUUGGUGUGCUGGCGUAGGAAAGAAGGUCUGGAUGCCGAUGUGGCUGAUUCCUCCAUUCUAACAGCUGCAUUUCAGCCUGUCAGCCUCAAGCCCGGCAAAGCAGGUCAGGCACACCUGCUGACCAUUCAGCCAGAUCUUAGCACAGCCACGAUGACCUACCAAGGAUCCUUAUGCCUACGUCAAGAUGGUGGAAAUAAAUUUCAGCUAACCAAUGGACAUCUUCUGCCACCUAUGGGACCAGGUAUACCAAGGGAACAUAGCCACACUUUGCCACGUCUUUCCACACAGACCUACUUCCGCACCCUGCCUCGUGGAUCCAACAAUAUGGCAUAUGGAACGUUCAACUUUCUAGGAGGACGUCUUAAGAUCCCAAAUACAGGCCUUAGCCUGCUUAUACCUCCAGAUGCCAUUCCUCGCGGAAAAAUCUAUGAAAUCUACCUGACACUUCACAAACAGGAGGAUAUGAGGUUACCCCUAGCUGGCUGCCAAACACUUCUGGGUCCUAUCGUCAGCUGUGGGCCCCCUGGAGUAGUGCUUACCCAACCUGCCAUCAUUUCAAUGGACCACUGCCUGGAGCCCAGCCCUGAGAACUGGACUGUACGUUUAAAGAAGCAGUCCUGUGAAGGCAGCUGGGAGGAUGUCUUGCAAGUUGAUGGGGGAAGUGCCUCUCCCCUCUAUUACUGCCACCUGGAGUCCCGUAGCUGUUACCUAUUCACAGAGCAGCUGGGGCGCUUUGCUCUGGUGGGAGAGUCCCUCAGCAUGUCAGCCACCAAACGCCUCAAGCUCCUGCUCUUUGCCCCCACCUCUUGCACAUCUCUAGAGUACAGCCUGCGAGUGUACUGCAUCACCGACACACAAGAUGCCAUGAAGGAGGUGGUACAGCUGGAGAAACAACAUGGAGGAAAGCUGUUAGAUGAACCACGCCUCUUACAUUUCAAGGACAGCUAUCACAAUCUACGCCUUUCUGUGCAUGAUAUGCAUAGCACCAUGUGGAAGAGUAAGCUCUUAGCUAGCUACCAGGAGAUCCCAUUUUAUCACAUUUGGAAUGGAGUACAUGAGAACCUUCACUGUACAUUCACCCUCGAGCGCUUUAGUCUAAGCACCAGUGAGCUCUCUUGCAGGGUCUGGGUAUGGCAAGUAGAAGGGGAUGGUCAGAGUUUCAAUAUCAACAUUAAUCUAAAUAAGGAAAACCGCCCGCCAGAGAUACUGCUUGAUGAAGGAGGAAAGGAAGCAGCAGCUUUGGUGGGUCCCAGCGCCUUUAAGAUUCCAUUUUUAAUGAGACAGAAGAUAAUCACCAGUUUAGAUGAGCCAUCUUCCCAUGGAGCCGACUGGAGGGUGCUAGCACAGAAACUGAAUUUGGACAGCCAUUUAGGUUUAUUCCUCUCCAAGUCAAGCCCUACUGCUAUCCUUUUAAACUUAUGGGAGGCUCAGAACUUCCCCAAUGGGAACCUAGCACGACUGGCAGCUGCAGUGGCAGAGAUUGGCAAACAAGACUCUCUCAUGUACAUGAUGUCUGAAGCAGAGUGCUGAAGAAGUUCCAGUUACCUGCUAAUUUCCAGCAAGUCCUGUGUCCAGGAUCGGCCAAAGGACUCAACCUCCCUAUAUCAGGUCUGUGGAUGUCACUCUUUUAAAUGCCCUCUCCCUGGCAUACGAGGGGAUGGAAGGCUAAAAACACAACUUUCUGUGCUUUAGCACUUCUCUGCCAGUGAAAGUUUGAGACUUUUAGCUCCUUUAUGCAGAGCAGGAUUUUCAGUGAUGGAGCAAGAUGCCACUUUCAUCUGCAGCUAAACACACGUCAUGGUAAUGCUGUUCUCAUAUAAUACACAACAAUCAUAUGGUAAGACUUAACCAAGAAGUUGCCACAUUCCAGACAAAUACAAAAAGAAGAGGCAUUGUGUUCAAAGUUGUUUCAUUUUGUGGACCAUCUCAUAAACACCAACACAUCCUGCUAUGUGAUGCACUGGAGAGUGAAACCACUAGAAACCUCUCCCAGAGAAAUUCACCCACCAAUCACCAUAGACUUUACUUCUCUUUCUAAACCAAGUGUCUUUUAUUGCUACCUUGUCAGUGCAGGUGCGACAGUGACACCCAGUGUUUGUGUUGUUCAUUUGUUACCAACACCCAUUCCCAGGUAAGUGGAAAAAGGUGCAAUAUAUUCAUUUUUGCCCCCCCCCCCCAUUAAAGACAUGGACAUCCUCCUAUUUAAUAGCCAUAAGAACAUUGAAGGGAGCAUCAGGUCAGUUUAUAGCCGAACAAAAAGGAGUGAUACAAA